AUGCAGGAGGAGGCCUACCUGAGCUACUUGCAUAAGUAUGUCGUCGACGACAGGGAGUUGGCCCGCAGCGGCGGAGUGUCGAAGGGGCAGCAGGGCCACCCCCCCCCAGAUGGGGCCCUCCAAAUCGAAGAGCUGAUAACCAAAACGAUGAGGAAGGAAGAAGAGGAGCUGUUCGCCUUCCUCCAAAAGGUAAACGAGACGUACAAGCUGCAGUGCACCCUGAGGGUGGUCGGAGGGUGGGUACGAGACAAAUUCCUGGGCAUCUCCAAUGAUGACAUAGACCUCACAGUAGAUAACAUGAAGGGCUCCGAAUUUUGCAAUUAUAUAAAAGAGUACAUUCAAGAAAAAGAAAAAAAAAACUUCAAUUUUGGAAUUAUAAAAAUUAACUCAGAUCAAUCCAAGCACUUAGAAACGUCUAGCUUUAAUUUGUUUAAUUUCCAAGUGGACGUGGUAAACUUAAGGAAUGAAAAAUACACCGAAGACAGUCGCAUCCCAGAGAUAAUCAUUGGGACACCGGAGGAAGAUGCUCUCAGAAGAGACUUCACUGUCAAUGCCCUCUUCUACAAUUUGAAUAACCGGCGAGUGGAAGACUACACAAGAAGGGGCAUUUUACAUUUAAAAAAUAAAAUCAUCUGCACACCACUUGACCCCUUGUCUACCUUCCUCGAUGACCCUCUUCGCAUAAUCAGGUGCAUUCGAUUUUGUGGCGUCUUUAACUUCUUCUUGGAGAAAUCCAUUUUUGACGUUUUAAAAAAUGAACAGAUUUUGAAAGCGUUUAAAAAGAAAAUCUCCAGAAGUAGACUCUCCUCCGAAAUUGUAAAAAUAUUUUCCCAAAGAUGUGCCAACAUCGUGCUGUCCUUGACCCUCUUAAAUUAUAGUUCCUAUGCGAAGGAAAUUUUUUCUCUUCCUGGGAACUACUUCGUAAAGGAUGAAGAGGUGUUUGAGAGGCCUCGGCGGAAGGGCGACAAGGUCAACAAGAAGGGGGACCCCCCCGCGGGGGGAGGGCUCCUGCCCGGCUCCACCGCGCCCGGCGGCAAGAAGAAGCUGCACGUGGGGGGGGGGGACCCCCAAGAGGUCCGCGAAGAGAUUAACCACGAAGAGACUCACAACGCUCCCAUUAACGACGAGGCGAAUGGUGCUACCCCCAAUGGGAGCCUCGACUCAACGGGGAUGCAGAACGGAAAUGUGCGCCCCGCCAACGGGGGGAUCCAUCGCGGGGAAGGCCUCGCACAGGGGGCGCUUGCCAACUCCCCCCCCAGGGGGGACAGCAAAGUGGGCGGCAUGACAAACGCGCUGGAAGCAGGGGGGCACUUCCAACCGGGGGAAUCCGCCCAACUGAGUGCAGAUGGAGAAACGGACUGGUGCGCGGAAGGACUGCAGUAUGUAAAAUUUUUUAAGGACAUUGAAAAGAACAACCUGUUGAGGGAAACCUUCCCCGAGCUGGAUUACCAGGAAAAUGUGAACAACGUGCAACUCUGCUUGUACCUCCUGCCGCUAAAAAAUCACCACGUGUAUGUAAAAAAGGGAGGGAAAACCGAACCAGUCGUCAGCUUCAUAAUUAGGGAAUCGCUGAAAUUUCCUCUGAAGCAUGGAAAAUUUUGUGUGCAAAUAUAUGAAGGGUUUAGCAGCCUGUACAAAUUGUACAAAAAUAUGGACGUUUUUAAUUUUUUAAAAAAUAGCACUUGUGAUGGGAAGAGGAAUGCACACAUCAUUGGGGACAUUGUGUUGUUCCUAAAAAGUGUUGGAGAGAAAUGGGACUUGCUGCUUUUAAUUUUUUUUAUCUUCCACAAAUAUAAGGAGGUGAAUAAAAUGUUCGCGACCACCAUCACCGCGGAGGUGUACCUGUCGGACUUCGCCAAAAAGCUGUACCAGUACAUUUUGAAAAAUAAAUUGCAGGCAGCUUACAACGUCAAGCCGUUUCUCAAGUGGCCGGACAUUCGGCACAACUUCCCGCAGCUCUCGCCCAACAGAAUCGCCGAGGUGUACGAGCAAAUUAUUCGCUUUUCCAGCGUCCACGGAGAGGACGAAGCCAAGUGCAUCGAGUUUUUAAAAGACCACUUCAAGAAGUAG